AUGGCGAGCUCGGGCCGGGACCUCCGCCGGGCCGGGAAGGAGGAGGCGCCCCCCGGGGGGGCUCCGGCCGGGGCUCUUCUGCCGGUGUCCAGCGGCUCCGGCCAGAAGAAGUUCCCGCAGGCCAUCAUCGUCGGCGUGAAGAAGGGCGGGACCCGCGCGCUGCUCGAGUUCCUGCGCGUCCACCCGGACGUGCGAGCCGUCGGGGCAGAGCCGCACUUCUUUGACCGCUGCUACGAGAAGGGGCUGCUCUGGUACAGAGGUUUUCCUCCAAGGACCUUGGAAGGACAGAUCACCAUGGAGAAAACUCCAAGUUAUUUUGUGACAAAGGAAGCCCCGCGGCGCAUUUACAAUAUGUCCAGAGACAUCAAGUUGAUCGUGGUGGUUCGCAACCCUGUGACCCGGGCCAUUUCAGACUACACCCAGACUCUUUCCAAGAACCCCGCCAUCCCCAGCUUCCAAAACCUGGCCUUCAAGAAUCUGAGCAUGGGUCUUAUUGAUAUCACGUGGAGCGCUGUGAGGAUUGGACUUUACGUGAAGCAUCUGGACCACUGGUUGCGUUAUUUCCCUCUAUCCAGAUUUCUCUUUGUCAGCGGAGAGAGGUUGGUGAGUGACCCAGCUGGGGAAAUGGGCCGUGUCCAAGACUUUCUGGGUCUCAAGCGAGUGGUGACGGACAAGCAUUUCUACUUCAAUGAAACCAAGGGUUUCCCUUGCUUAAAGAAACCGGAAGGGAGCAGCAGGCCCCGAUGUUUGGGGAAGUCCAAAGGACGGCCACACCCCAAAAUUGACCAGCAGGUUGUCCAACGCCUGCAGGAAUUCUACAGACCCUUCAACUUAAAGUUCUAUCAGAUGACCGGGCAGGACUUUGGGUGGGAUUGAGAGAUCUCUUGACACAAAGGAGAGAGGUGGAAUGUCGUGGGAGCGAACGUGAGGCCUCCUCAAAGAUCUCAUGAUGUACAUACUUCUCCCCAAAGCCUGUUGGGCAAAGAUGCAUCUGAAAUGCAACCUCCGAGGAACAUUUUUUGACCCUUACUAAUUUAUAUAUUGUCCUUCCAAUAAGAGAAAAUUGUUAUGCUUAACAGUGUAGAGAGGAAAUUCUUUAAGCCUCCCCAGCUGACAUCAGCAAAACGAGAACAAAGGAGGAAAACAUAGAUCGACUGAAAUAUUCUGCUAAAUAAAUCUGG